AUGCCGCUCUCUCUCACCUUCAUCGACCUAAAGAAGGCCUUCGACUCAGUUGAGACGGAAGCGGUCGUGGUAGCUUUGGACAACCAAGGCGUCCCUACUCAGUACAUAAAGGGUGAUACAAUCUCACCCAAAAAAUUCACAACCACCCUCGAGAACGCAAUGCGAGAGUUGGAAUGGGACGACAUGGGAGUGGAGGUUGAUGAUCGGCACCUACAUCAUUUGCCCUUUGCUGAUGACAUCGUACUGAUAACACUUCGCAUCAGCCAAGCGGAACGAAUGCUGACCGAAUUCGACGAAACAUGUGGAUGCAUCGGUCUUCAGCUGAAUCUACAAAAGACGAUGUUCAUGCGGAACGGAUGGAUCUCGGAUGCCCCAUUCACGCUCAACGGAACGAACAUUUCUGAAUGCACCAGCUACGUUUAUCUGGGUCGGGAACUGAACAUGAUGAACGACGUGACCCCCGAGUUGGGCAAGAGGAGACGAGCGGCUUGGGGAGCGUACAAGAGCAUCGAAGAUGUAGUGAAGAAGACUAGGAACACCCGGCUCCGUGCUCACCUCUUCAGCACCACCGUACUUCCUGCUUUGACCUAUGCUUCGGGAACCUGGGCAUUUCGCAAGCAAGAAGAAAACGCGGAAGACCGCCGACCCGAUGGUCAGAUUUCUUCACGAAGUCCUUCAAAGAAAAUUAUGAUGCUCUUCGUGUCCCACACGAAAGGAGGAACCACUGAGCUACUCUGGCACGCGAUCGGGACAAAUGGAAGAAUUACUGGCGCCCGCUCGACCAGUUCGAAGAUCAACGGGAGUCAAGGUGAUCAAGGUGAUCAAGCAUAG